CAGAACCAUACGAUAUAAUUUGCGGAGAUUCUGAAAUCCGCUCAUUCUAAAGAAUGUAUUUGUGCGUUACGAAUCAACGGUCUACGAUGAAGAGUUGUAAGAAUAAUACAAUAGAUACACUCGCUAAAUGUUUAGCAUUCGUUUUAUUUGCAAUCAUCUCCAAUAAUGCGGCAACAGGAGGUACCAUUUAUAGCGUGCAUACAAAUUUAAAUGGUGCGCAAGGAACAAAUAUUAAAAUAACAUUCAUCCUGAACACCACUGAAAGCGAAAACUACACUGCACAACUGUUUAAAGAUGGAGAUAUUGUUGACAAAAUUGAUAAUCGCUUCACAAUUACUAAAGAAGAGGGGAAGAUUGUGCUGAAGAUCCAAUCUCUUCAACGCCAUGAUAAGGGAAACUAUUCUAUCAAGUAUGGUCCCACUAUUUCUGAAACAACGUUUCUGAACAUCAUUGAAAUACCAUCAACAGACUAUCCAAAGAUACAAUUGAAGAAAGUAAACGAAAAUCAACUUGAAAUAUGGUGUAUAUCUGAGAAAACAUCACCACGGCCCAACCUCUCCAUCAAUGGAGAAGACCUGGGUUUCAACGAAAAUGAAAUCUACAUGUGGACAAUUAAGACAGUUAACAUCAGAGCUAACAUGACACAAAAACUAUAUUUGUUCACUGGAAGUUGCGGAUUUUCCUAGAAAGUAUGCAACUAUGACUGGACCUCAGAUAACCGAAUACCUAGCAGCAUUUCAAAGCUCCGACCUACCUACUAGCUGGACCACCCACAAGAACCCUAGUGAUAGUACAAGUAAUCAUGAUGAUGACAGUUCUACAAUAAAAACUGUAUCAGGGAUAUGUGGACUAGUAUUGUUUGUAUUGAUAGUAAUUGCAAUUUUCUAUUUGAAAAGAAGAAGAGAUGGAAGAAAAAAACCAGCUAUGAUCAUGGAAGUCUAAAUUUGAGACCGGUAGAAACUUCCGGUACACCAGACUUCAAGAUUUACUGUUCGCAGUUAAUAGCCUAAACAACAACUUCAAUUUGGGAAGACAGUCAUUGCAAUGGAAUGGACACUUCCUGGUAAUAUUCUGACUUCAACCAAGCACUCUUCUAAUCUUCAUGAACAAUGGAUCACCAACCAUUACCUUUUCUAAGGCCAAGAUAAGUCAUUCUCAUUCUCCUAAUGGCAGUCACAGCAAUCUCACGGAAACCGAGCCAAUCAACCAUUCAUCUCAUAAACCAUGUGUGGAUAUAAGUGUCAUUCUUAUCAAUGGCAUUAUUUUUUACUUUUUUAACGAUUAGAGAAAUCUCAUGUUUGUAAAUUUUUGUAAAGCUUGUUUUCAUACAAUUUUUUAUUAACAAUCAUUUGUAAACACUUUAAGGACUUUUAAUCUUUAUUAAUUUCAUAUUUUUCUUUUUUUUUCUUUCACAUUACAAAAUUAGUCCGAGUCAUUUUAUGGUGCUCAUGCUCAUGAGCAGGUUUCAUUUAAUGAUCACGUCUCAUUAUUUGAACAUGCUAAGGCCCUAUAAUAAAUAUUAUUAGUUAACACCCUAUCUGGGUAGGAAAAGUGAUGAGGGAGGGAGGGAGGCUUUUUUUAUUUUGCUAAAGCCAAAUAUUGGGUUGUUUGCUGGUGCAUUUCUAUUCAAAGUAAAACAUGAUUUAGAUAAACAAUAUCAACUAACUAUUUAAUAAAAUAUAUGAAAAAAAUAAACUAAUAAUUUAUUUAUUGGGCCUAACAUCAACGUUAGGAUACAAUAUUAUUGAAUUUUAUAUGCAGAUAAACAAGGUAUUAUUCAAAACAUAUUUAAAUUAAGUGCAUUAUUUAAUAGUAAAAACAUUAUAUAGUAGUAUGCAAGGUAAUUACUUAAUAUUACUAUACCUCAUAAAUAUUAAUUAGGUAAAAAAACAUUUCAUUGGUCGUUUCCACACAGGCAAAAAGUACUACCCAACAUCGACUACUGCACCCCUGCCUACGUGAACUGUAUGCAAACUAUGUACCCUAAUGUAGACAGACGGUCUGCUAUUAAAUAUUUAUGAGAUAUAGUAAAACAAAUACAACAUGGUUUUAUUUCGGUAAAGCAGUGAAUUCUACUUCCCUUGUUUUUGGAAAUUGGGACUAUCACUUCACUGCUUCUUAAACCAUCUUGUAUGCAAUAAUAGCAUGUGCACGAAAACAAAAAACUCAAGUUAUAGAAUUAUUUAAGUAAAAUAUUAAAUAUUCCAUAGUAUUUAUUAUUAGAAUUAUUUAUAGUUAAAUAUUCAAUAAAUAAUAACAGUAUUAUAUCACAGCAUGUGCCGAAAAGCAAGGAACCGCAUAACUCAAACUCUUAAAUUAAGAAAUUUAUUUAAGUUAAAUAUUAAACAUUAUAUAUAUUAGAAUUUAUCAUUAGAAUUAUUUAUAGUUAAAUAUUCAAUAAAUAAUAACAGUAUUAUAUCACAGCAUGUGCAGAAAAGCAAGCAACUGCAUAACUCAAACUCUUAAAUUAAUAAAUUUAUCUGAAGUUAUUAAAUAUUAUAUAUAUUAGUAUUUAUUAUUAGAAUUAUUUAUAGUUAAAUAAUCAAUAAAUAAGAUAACAGUAUUAAAUCACAGCAUGUGCAGAAAACAAGGAACUGCAUAGAUCAAAACUCUUAAAUUAAUAGAAUUAACAAUAAGUUAAAUAUUACAUAUUAUUAGAAUUAUUUAUAGUUAAAUAUUCAAUAAAUAAUAUAAUAGUAUUAUAUCUAUGCACAAACACAACAUGCAAAAUAUCACGUGUGGUUCAAAUGCAUAAUUUAUUUAUGUGUGGCUAGGUGCUUACGUGUGUCUCCGUCUGACCAUCAUUUAAAUUCAAACAGUGACUUCCAAAAGCUUUGAAUUUCUUAUGGAAAUUAUGUUAGACUUGUUCCAUGAAAGAUAUGUCUGCAUUUUUAUUCUUCUUGUUAAUGAAAAAUAGUAAUAUUUUCCACAUACUUUUUACAAAUAUGGUAUAAAAAUAACUUAAAUAUUUGCAACUUUG